AUGGCUAUGAAUCUGAGAGUUUGCAGGCUGGAAUUCCUAAUGAAGAAAAGUGUGACUGAAGGACAGCCAAGCUGGGAAACACAAGAGUCUCCCAGGAAGAUCUCUAGCACAGCCUUCGGACGGCAGCUCAUGCAUAGCAGCAACUUCAGUAGCAGUGAUGGCAGCACUGAGGACCUGUUCCGGGACAGCAUUGACUCCCAUGACAAUGACAUCAUGGAGAAGGUGAGCUUCCUGGAAAGAAAGGUGACCGAACUGGAGAAUGACGGCCUAACCAAUGGGGACCUGAAAAGCAAGCUGAAGCAGGAGAACACGCAGCUGGUGCACAGGGUGCACGAGCUGGAGGAGAUUGUGAAGGAUCAGGAGACCAUGGCCGAGCAGGCCCUGGAGGAAGAGGCGCGGCGGCACCGUGAGGCCUACAGCAAGCUGGAGAGGGAGAAGAGCACGGAGAUCGAGCUGCUCAACACCAGGGUGCAGCAGCUAGAGGAGGAAAAUGCUGGGCUCAGAACAACAGUUACCCGGCUCAAGGCACAGACGGAGAAGCUGGACGAGGAGCAGCAGCGCAUGUCCGACUGGCUGGAGGACACGAUCCUGCAGCUCAAGGAUGAGACUGACCUGUACAAGCGCAUGAUGGACAAGCUGCGGCAGAACCGCCUAGAGUUUCAAAAGGAACGGGAGGCGACGCAGGAGCUCAUCGAAGAUUUGCGGAAGGAGCUGGAGUACCUGCAGAUGUACAAGCUGGACUGCGAGCGACCGGGCAGGGGUCGCAGCUCGUCCUCCGGCCUGGGCGAGUUCAGCGCCAGGGCCCGCGAGGUGGAGCUGGAGCAUGAGGUCAAGCGGCUUAAGCAGGAGAAUCAUAAGCUGCGGGAUCAAAAUGAUGACUUGAAUGGACAGAUCUUGAGCCUCAGCCUCUAUGAAGCAAAGAACCUCUUUGCCACCCAGACCAAAGCCCAGUCUCUGGCUGCAGAAAUAGACACAGCCUCUCGUGAUGAGCUCAUGGAAGCCCUGAAGGAGCAGGAGGAGAUCAACUUCCGGCUGAGGCAGUACUUGGACAAGAUAAUCCUCGCCAUCCUGGACCACAACCCCUCCAUCCUUGAGAUCAAACACUGAGACAAGGGCUGGCUGCAGAGCAGCCUUGGGGACUCAGACCCCCGGACCCUGGGACCAAG